AUGGCUCGCAUCCUCAAGGCGCCAGUUACGUUUCUCCGAAUACGGUAUGCGCUGCGAGCGCCGAUGCAAGACGAGGUCGAUGACAACAUCCGCCUGGUUGUGCUUCGCGGUUUCCUUGGCGGUGCUGGCCCAGACAUAGCUGUUGACGAGGGGCUCUCCGGGGUAUUGCUGUUUGCACAGGAGAUCCGCGAUCAGGGCCCUGUCCCCUUAGAGUUAUGA